ACCUUUCUUUUUCGUACCUCUGCAAAAUCAGCUGUGCGAGUUCUUGGUGUGUGUGAUCAGGAGUUUGGACAUAGGAAGGCUAGAUUAAAAUUUAGCCAUGAUUAACGUUGUUUCCAAGUCUGCUAAUUUAUCACCUUACCUAAAAGCAACCAGCCAAGCCGUUGCUUCAAGUGUGAAACCUCUUGUAAAACCGGCAGUAAUUCCAGGCAAGUCCAUUUAUCCAACGCCACCAGUUCCCUUGACUAGUUAUGCCCUGACAAAAUUGUUACCUUCAAAUGACAUUAAAGUCAGAACAGGUCCCACAGUAACGACUCAGGUGAGAUGGGCCCAUACAGAUAUUCAGGUCCCAGACUUCUCUUCCUAUAGAAGGAAAGCUACAAGGGAUCCUACUUCAAAGAACGUCAACUCAGAUGAGUCAAGGAAAGCUUUCACUUACCUCAUUGUUGGAGGUGGUGCAGUGGCCACAGCAUACGCUGCAAAGACGGUGGUGCGUCAGUUGGUGUCUACGAUGAGUGCCAGCGCUGACGUAUUGGCUCUGGCUAAGAUUGAGGUCAAGCUGUCCGCCAUCCCAGAGGGCAAGAGUGUCACCUUCAAGUGGAGAGGCAAGCCUCUAUUUAUCAGGCACAGGACUGCCCAGGAAAUAGAGACGGAACGAGGUGUGCCACUUGCAGAACUUAGAGACCCACAGCACGAUAACGACCGAGUACAGAAGCCAGAGUGGUUGGUACUCAUCGGAGUCUGCACUCAUCUGGGCUGUGUGCCCAUCGCUAACGCUGGUGACUUCGGUGGGUACUACUGCCCUUGCCACGGCUCCCAUUACGACGCCUCUGGUAGGAUCCGUAAGGGACCUGCACCCUUGAAUCUGGAGAUCCCUACGUACGAGUUCCAGACGGAAGAAUUAUUAGUCGUUGGUUAAAUUUUAUAAAUAUUGUAACCACUUGUGAAACUAACCUAAUUAGUCAACACCAUGUAACUUUUAAUUCAAGUUAAAUAAAUUCUUGCUUGGCAAAUUUGAAUGUCUUUGUUUCAGUGUAUUGUAAAUACAUGUUUUAUUUCUUUUAAUUUGUACAAAUAUUUAUUACAAUUUUCAGUCAUACUGUGUACUGAUUGAAGUAUAAUGUGAAAAUAAAAGUUAUGUUGAAUAAAAGUUACAACCAAAUA